AUGGUGUCGACUAAUCAAUUUAUAACGUUGGUAUGUAUAAGUUUUGCCUCCAUCACAAGUGGAAUUGUGUAUUCUUUAAAAUUUGAUAACGUGGAUGAAGUGGAAAAUGUAACCAUUGGCUAUCUGACUGUGGAUAAAACGGAAGUGUUUAUGCGAGGGAAGCAGGGAAGAGUGAUUUCUGGAGCUAUAUCAUAUGCGAUAGAGCUAAUAAACAAUAACACGGACAUUUUACCGAAACAUCGACUGCAGCUGAUAUGGGGUGACACUAUGGCGGACACUUUGAUUGGUACCCGACUGUUGACCACCCAGUGGCGACAGGGAGCCAAGGCAUUUAUUGGCCUCGAGGACAGUUGCAGCGUCGAGGCCAAGGUGGCCGCUGCUUGGAACCUCCCGAUGAUUUCAUAUAAAUGUGCAGAUUAUGAUGUGUCAGACAAGAAGCAGUUCCCAACUUUUGCGCGCACGUUUCCCCCUGCCACCCAAGUUGCCAAGCCAAUAAUAUCUCUAUUGCUGCAUUACAACUGGAUGAAAUUCACCCUCGUGUUUGGCUCCCUGCACAUGUCAAAGGUUAUUGCAGAUAAAAUACGGGAGCUGGCUGGGAAUCACAAUAUCACGAUAAACGAUGAGCAAACCUUUAAUGAGCCUCACAUUCCACUUACAACCGGGAAUCCUUUUCCGGGCAUUGUCGAAAGGACUUUUGUCGAUACCAGAGUUUAUGUUUUUCUGGGCACAUACAACGGGAUAGUAGACAUGAUGACCAACAUGUACGAUCGUGGUCUACUGGACACUGGCGAGUAUGUGGUCAUCUACUUUGACCACGAAACUGUGGACACAGUGGAUCCUCUUAAGUACUUCAGACGAACGACAGACCCGCCAUCGACAAUCACUAACGAGAAUGCUGUCAGAUCAUUACUGGUAAUAACCGGAAGUCCACCGUCCAAUCCCAAUUACGAAUACUUUAAGACGACUGUCAGUUCAUAUUGUGAAAAAGAGCCAUUCAGUUUUCCGAAUCCGUUUGAUUUUCAACGCAAGAUAACUGUGUACGCUGCCCACUUGUAUGAUGCCGUGAUGUUGUAUGCAAAGGCGGCGCAUGAAGUCAUAACAAAUGGUGGCGAUAUUACCAAUGGCACAGCUAUUAUUAGCAGGCUCCUAAAUAGCAACUAUCCGAGUAUCCAAGGAUUUCAAGUUCACAUCGAUAAAAACGGUGAUGCCGAGGGGAAUUACACUUUACUCUCAAGGCAGCCCUACACAAGUAAUUUCUCGGAAUAUUCGAUGAGGCCUGUCGGCCACUUUCAAAUGGGCAGAGACAGCGACUUAUUGCCGGUAUUUCAUUUGUAUUCGAGAACUGAAAUUCACUGGGCGUCCGGUGAGCCGCCGGUGGACGCCCCCGAAUGCGGGUACAGAGGGGAGAAGUGCAUCCCUCCUAAAACUUACACGCUUGAAAUAAUUGGCGGGGUACUGGGCGGUUUAGCACUGGUGUCUUUUAUCGUAGUGCUCGUCAUUUACAGAAAUUGGAGAUAUGAACAAGAAAUUGCUGGUCUGUUGUGGAAAAUCCAUCGCGAAGACCUGAAAAUGUCAGAAUCAAUGACAAAUUCGGACAGAAGAGACAGUAUUGGGAGUCGGAUCACUUUAUCGCAGUUGUCAAUGGACUCGCGGAUGUCCUUCACUCAAGUCUAUGCCAGGACUGGAGGAUAUAAAGGGCAGAUAGUUGCACUCAAAAUGUAUGAAAAGAAGAACUUGUACGUUAGCCGGAGAAUGAAGAAAGAAAUGAAACUGAUGCGGGAUCUACGGCACAACAACAUAAACACUUUUCUAGGUGCGUGUAUUGAUCCGCCAGUUUUCAUAAUUGUGACCGAAUACUGUGCCAAAGGAAGCCUUCUGGAUAUUUUGGAAAAUGACGACGUGAAAUUGGACGAAAUGUUUAUUUCGUCGUUAGUAAAGGACAUUAUUCAGGGAAUGACGUAUUUGCAUGACAGCGAACUGGUUUAUCAUGGCAAUCUAAAAAGUUCGAACUGUGUGGUGACAAGCAGAUGGAUGCUACAAAUUACAGACUUUGGUCUUUUAGAAGUGCGAGCGGCCACGUAUAAAAUAGAGGAAGAGCAUGCAUUUCACAGAAAUUUAUUUUGGAAGGCUCCAGAAUAUCUGAGGACAUCAAUAAAUAAAGGAUCACAAAAGGGUGAUAUAUAUUCGUUUGGCAUUAUUCUUCACGAGAUCUUUGGGCGGAAUGGACCAUUUGGCUUUUGUAACAUGAGUCCUAAAGAAAUUGUCGACAGUGUUCGAAAUAAACAGGAAGUUCCUUUUAGACCUAGCACAUGCAUGCUGUCCUGUGACGCCUAUAUUAUCGAUUGCAUGCAUAAUUGCUGGAACGAAACCGCUGACGAAAGACCUGACUUUCGAGGCAUCAGGAAAAUGCUGGAUACCCUGUGGCGACACGGAGCACGCCGUAACAUUUUUGAUAAAAUGAUGGCAAUGAUGGAGAAGUACCAAAAGAAUCUUGAGGACAUCGUGGAGGAAAGAACGACGAUGCUCAUCGAGGAAAAGAAGAAAACAGAGGCGUUGCUACUGAGAAUGUUACCCAAGUGUGUUGCAGACCAGCUGAAGUCCGGCGAAGCGGUUGUACCAGAGAAUUAUGAUUGUGUUACAAUAUACUUCAGUGACAUAUGUGGAUUUACAAAACUGUCGGCAGACAGUACACCUAUGCAGGUUGUGGAUAUGUUAAAUGAUCUCUACACAAUAUUCGACAAUAUUAUCCGGCAUUUCGAUGUGUAUAAAAUAGAAACUAUAGGUGAUGCUUACAUGGUUGUUAGUGGUCUUCCGAUUAGAAACGGAGACAAUCAUGCCGGCGAGAUAGCAUCAAUGUCAUUGAAACUGCUUAGAGAGAUUAAGGUCUUCAAAGCCAGGCACAAGCCGGAUUACCCGAUCCAGCUGAGGAUUGGAAUGCAUUCAGGUCCUUGCGUGGCGGGUGUAGUUGGUCUAACUAUGCCGCGAUACACGCUGUUUGGGGACACCGUGAACACCGCAUCCAGAAUGGAGACAACCGGAGAACCGAUGAAGAUCCAUUGCAGUCAGAGAAGCAAGGAUAUCUUGGAAACCCUUGGAGGUUAUUCACUGGAGUCUAGGGGCAUGGUACCAAUGAAAGGUAAAGGGGAGUUGUUUACAUACUGGCUGAUAAAUGAAGAAGAGUCUGUAAGAAAGGAUCGUGUGAGAAAAGCGUCAAGAACAGUUCCAGAUAUUUACAGGAACAAUUUUUACCAGCCGCCAACACCGAAGAAUGUGGACCGUAGUUGUUCUUGCAAAAGCGUUAGCUGUUCAAUGCCAAAUGGUACAUGUAGAUGCUCAGUGUAUGAAAACGAGGAUUCAAACCUUCCAGAUCAGAACAUUCCGUUCUUAGACUUUUUACGAGAAAAUGAGACGCCAAAAGGCCGAUCAGAAUCGCCGAAGAAUUUUCAUUCAAAAGCAUUCCAGUUCUCAUUUAAAGGUCAUUUGAGAACAUCUGUUCAUGACGUGAAUAAAACACCAAACGAAGUUCAAAGACCACAUAGCGCUGGUAAAAGUUCCAAUUCUUGUUCUGAUUUAAUGAGUAACUUAAAUAACAAUGCUUUCGAGAACGAAAAUACUCUGAGGGUAAGUGACAAGUGCCCUGAGUCGGAAUUAUUGUUGACUAGAACUGGAGCAUACGGUAAAUCGGAUAAACGCAACAAUCAUGAAAUACAUGAAGAGGCGACAGAGUUGGACUCCAUGCAGUUUGGAAGUGCAUUACUACGGUCGCCAGGGAAUAUUUCAAUAGAUUCUUCAUUUUAAACCGUGAUUUACCAAUAAAACUGUGAUAAAGCAUUGCUCCUAAUUUUACGCUUAGCACUUAUAAGUUGUUGUAAUUUUUACACCCUAAUUAGUCUUCUCUGUAUGAAUGGAAUGUUUGCAUGAUUGCACUUUGUCUAAAUCCUCAAUGCUUUGCACCCGUUUCUAGGCGAUGAUCACAGUUGUCAUCUUUUGAUGUUUAUAUUUUCUUCUUGUGGCUACGACCAAGUAUUCCUUCUUGAUAAGGUGUCUGGAGCCUCCUUGUUUGCUGUAUUAAAUACAAUUACAGUUUGAUUUGUGCUGUGUUGAUGCGGUCGAGAACGUCCCAGUACAUAUCUUAUUUAUUGUCAUAUUUCAGAUUGUAGGGCUGUAAACUGUUAAAAUAUAUUGCUAUGAAGAUGAAACUUAAUUUUCGAUCUUACUUGCUCAAAGUAUGUUUAAACAUCCUUGCAAACAUUCUUAACUUGAUAGUGUAAUAUUUUUUUACAGGUCGAUCAUAUUCAUUUUUGUUUACUUAUAACUUAAAACCUAUCCCCUAAUCUUUUAAUAGAUUUACGAGUCUUACGUUACUUAAUUACUUAAAUUAUGUGUUUUGUAUUCUAUUUAUGCGUCAAUGUUUGACAUUCAUGUUUCGAUUGUCUGUGUGCGUGGGAACGUUUGAUUAAAUUCGUUUUAGAAUAGCGUUUGGUUUGUGUUCUUAUUCUGUUAGUAAAAAUGCUUUCAUUGACUGUUCCAAGGCGAUGAUAAUAUUGUUAAUCAUUAUAUUUUUGAAGUUGAUGUUCUUGAUAAGAACAAUAAUUUAUGUACAGGUAGAGUCUCUGGAGUUUAAUUGCUUGCUUCAUUAUUUGCUCGCGUGUUUUAAGAUAAUUUAUUAUAGUUUGUUACUUCCUUAUUGUUGUUGUUACUUCUUUAAUUUGAUUAGAGUAAAAAGAAACUAGACAAAACGCAUAUUUAUCUGUAUCCCCAUGUUAUUUAAUUGCAUAUCAUAAAUAGCUCUGAUGUUUGUAUGCUUAUCAGUGAAAUGUCGUUGUUGUAAUGUACUUUUUUAUGAGUUCAAAGCUUCUGAAUAUUAACCUAGAUCAACAGUCACCAUGUACAGAAGGGCUGCCUUCGCCUUUGUUUGAAUGUCAUAAAUUAUCAAACAA